CUGGAAACGGUACCGUUCCACUUUUGAUCCCUUUCUCAAACCCCAAAAACGCCGUCGUCUACAGCUAUCCCCUAUCGCAUUUCCUUGGCAACAUAAUUUCCACGCCUAUAAAAUGUACUUCCCCUUUAUCUUCUUUACUCUCUCACUGUAAGCUCUUCUCUCCCACAUCUACGAAUCUACUUCAUCGAUCGAAUCUUCUUCCUCUUCUCUCCUCAAUCAGAAUCCAUGGCGAAAGGACCAGUUCGCGUCCUUGUUACUGGAGCCGCAGGACAAAUUGGAUAUGCGCUUGUACCAAUGAUCGCAAGGGGAGUGAUGCUGGGAGCUGACCAGCCGGUGAUUCUUCACCUGCUUGAUAUCCCACCAGCUGCUGAGGCUUUGAAUGGUGUCAAGAUGGAGUUGGUCGAUGCUGCUUUCCCUCUUCUUAAAGGUGUUGUUGCUACAACUGAUGUUGUGGAGGCAUGCACUGGAGUCAACAUUGCCGUUAUGGUUGGUGGCUUCCCAAGGAAGGAAGGCAUGGAAAGAAAAGAUGUCAUGUCAAAGAACGUUUCUAUUUACAAGUCACAAGCUUCUGCUCUGGAGAAGCACGCAGCUGCUAACUGCAAGGUUUUGGUUGUUGCUAAUCCUGCAAACACCAAUGCACUGAUCUUGAAGGAAUUUGCACCAUCAAUUCCUGAGAAAAACAUAACCUGUUUGACUAGACUGGAUCAUAACAGGGCUUUGGGCCAGGUUUCAGAGAGAUUGAACGUUCAAGUUUCUGAUGUUAAAAAUGUUAUUAUCUGGGGAAACCACUCAUCAUCACAGUAUCCUGAUGUCAACCAUGCAACUGUCAAGACACCUUCUGGAGAGAAAGCUGUUCGUGAGCUUGUUGCUGAUGAUGCAUGGUUGACCGGAGAAUUCAUUACCACUGUUCAACAACGUGGUGCUGCAAUCAUCAAGGCUCGUAAGCUGUCCAGUGCAUUAUCUGCUGCUAGCUCUGCUUGUGAUCACAUUCGUGAUUGGGUACUUGGAACCCCCGAGGGCACCUGGGUUUCCAUGGGUGUGUACUCUGAUGGCUCAUACAAUGUUCCUUCUGGUCUCAUUUACUCAUUCCCAGUCACUUGCCAAAAUGGGGAGUGGAAGAUUGUUCAAGGGCUCUCUAUUGACGAAUUCUCUAGGAAGAAGUUGGACGCAACCGCAGACGAGCUCAGUGAGGAAAAGGCUUUGGCAUACUCUUGCCUCUCUUGAAUGUUCCCGUCUAUUAUUCCUGGCCGUGGUUCUAAGUUGGCCUGCCUGCAAUGUGUGACAAAUGGAAGUAGCUGAAGUUUUGAAUAAUGCCAUUGUUAAGAUAGAGAGAUCUGUUAAUGAUGCAGAAGCUGCUUGUGUGGGUUUUACAGUUGUUGAACCCAUUGUUAUAUCCCGGAUGCUCGACUUUUUUUUCUGUCUUUCGUUUUUUCGGAAAAAUUGCAAAUUUGAAUGUGGGAUUGAGACGUAAAAUAACCCAUAUUUGCCCUGAUUCCAAGACUUCAAAAAGAGUCCACAGGUUUCAUGUGACUUAAAUUACCUUUUAAGCCUUCAGAGUUUGAUAACAUAUAUGAUCCGGUGUUUGCGGUCAUAAUGGUGUCUACAAUCUGCGGUUAUAUUUAAAUGUUAAUCUGCAUUGUGCAUUAUAUAGGGAUUGUUGAA